GCGUGCCGUGAUGUAAUAAAUACGGAGAAAUCGGAUGUCAUUGAGUUCAAAAAUUGCGAAGAACAUGAAAGACACACAAAACAUGACAAGAAUAUUCGUUAUAAUAAUGGACUUUAGAUAAGCUUUUCUUAUUAUUUAGUAUUUUAAGAGACUCAAUUAAAACAAAUUAUAUCCAAACACUUUAAAGCAGGGGGUUGAUUAAAAAAUAUAUGGUUUUGUGGAUAUAACGUUUGCCAAAAUCAUGACGUUAGUUCUACAUUUCAAAGAGUUCAGAGUAUCAGUAAAGUGACCAGUUUUACUCGGUAUGUACAUAUCUCUCCAAAAUCUAAUAGUGUACGAACAUCUGUAAAACAAAUGUGUCAGUGUUUCAGGUUCAUCAUUGGAGAAUGUACACUUCUCAUCCAUUUCUGUUAACAUUGACACCAUUGUUUUGGAGGGGUACAUAUUGUGCAAAAAAAAUAUUUAGGUGCACCUCUUAUCUUAUUAGAAAUACCACAUUUGAAGGGACAAAGCCAAGACUUUUCGACAUUGAAUGUUUGUUUUUCCACUCAGUUGGUAAAUUAAUUGUUCAUCUCCUUACAUGUGGAUUCGUGUACAAAAAGAGAGAGCGCUGGAUAAACAAACCGAGAUACACCCUCAGCCUUUGUCAAUAGAACCAUUCUUAACUAAUACAUGUAAUGGCUGAUGAUGGGCCCUGGUAUAGGCGUCAUAGGUUAUCUGAGCCAUGCCAGACAUUGCACAUUUGUUGCCAAGCAAGGAAUGUUUUUCUCCCUCCAAUUACUGUUUAGAGAUUUAAAACUACCAGAAAGCAUAAUCAUAGAUAAUUAACCCUAAAUAAAUUGCUGUUUAUAUUGGGUCCUGAUAAUAGGCCUAUGUUAUAACAGAGGCUUCAGCCUUUAUUUAACAUUUAUUAUAUAAAUUAUGAUGAUGUAUAAUAAUAAUCUAUUAUUAUUUUUGUCUUUAUUUACUGUAUACUAUGCAAGCCCAUUUUGAAUACAGUAGUCUACUCAGAGGACACACAGAUUAUUUGGGGUUUGGGUCCAUUCUUUGGAUCCCCGUCAACAUAAUAGUUAUCAUGUCAUAGCCUAUACAAAUAAAGCUUCAUUGCUUGCCUAUUGACACACUUGGUGCAAUUAUGUAUGCUUUGUUGUGAUAUGGAUGCUGUUUUGUCGGCAGUUUACCAUCUUUAUUAUAUGCUGCUGUUGAGAUAAGAAGAAUGAUCCUGAUUGGUUAGGACAGGGUUAAUGAUGUAGAAGUUGGGUGGAGUUGAGUCACACACCCACACAUAAAUACUAGCGUUUUAGUUUGGAUCGUAGAGUAGUUGGCACGACAGUUGUCCAAGGAAAAUGUGUAGAAGGGUUGUGAAGAUUCCAGGUCUAUUCCAGAGUUGGAUGGCUUACUGAUCCUGUGUUUGUGUGGAAUCCAAACCCACCGUCAUUUCACAGAAAAAUGUCAGGAGAGAACAUCAGAAGACGCAAGGAGAAGUGUGAGAAUUGCACUAAACAGUGCAACAAGAAGCAGAGUGAUGAAGGCAUUAGCUCCCUUCCGGAGAAAGAUGUAGCCAACGGAGAGGUCCCUGCCUCCUCCCAUCUCCUCAAGCAGCAGGUGUUGCUGAGUGCCUGUCUGUCCUGUGAGGGCUGUGUGUCCGAGGAGGAGAGCCUAAAGAUCUCCCAACAGAACCUGGAGGAGGUGGCCCGCGUCCUGGGCCUCAACAAGAAGUGUGAUGUGUCCAAACACCAGGUCCUGGUGGUGUCAGUUUGUCCCCAGUCUCUGCCUUUCUUCGCUGUCAAGUACGGUCUGGACAUUCCUGAGGCCACACGCAAGCUCUGUGGCUUCCUCAAGAGCCUGGGAGUGCAGUAUGUGUUUGAUACUACUCUAGCAGCAGGCUUCAGUAUUCUGGAGAGCCAGAGAGACUUCAUCCAGAGGUACAGCAGGAGGCACCAUGAUAGCCAGGCCCUACCCAUGUUCACCUCCUCCUGUCCAGGGUGGAUCCGGUACGCUGAGCGUGUUCUGGGCAGUCUUGUCACUCCUCACAUCUGUACGGCCAGGUCUCCUCAACAGAUCAUGGGCUGUCUGGUCAAAGACUAUUUCACCAAACAACAGAAGCUGAGCCCAGACAAGCUUUACCAUAUUAUGGUGGCUCCAUGCUUUGAUAAGAAACUGGAGGCAGUGCGAGAGGAGUUCUACAACAGUCUCCUGGAGUGCAGAGACGUGGACUGUGUCCUCACAUCAGGGGAGGUGUUCCACAUGAUGGAGCAGAUGAAGGUGUCAUUAGCAGACCUGGACUCUGUCCCUCUAGACCACGUCCUGGGUGAGGCGGGGGAUCCAGCCUUGGUGAGACACCAGGGCAGAGGAUCGGAGGGCUUCCUGGAACACAUCUUCAAAUAUGCUGCUUCUGAACUGUUUAGUCUGGAUGUAGAGGAGAUCACAUACAAGACUCUCAGGAACCGUGACUUUCAGGAGGUGUGUCUGGAGCGGGAUGGGGAGGUGCUGCUGCAGUUUGCAUCCGUCUACGGCUUCAGGAACAUCCAGACCCUGGUCCACCGUAUGAGGAAAGGACACGUCCCCUACCAAUUGGUGGAAGUGCUCUCCUGCCCCGGAGGUUGUGUGAGUGGUCGUGGGCAGGCGCAGGCGCAGGGAGAGACAGGAGGUCGGGUGGAUAAAGCCUUGGUUCAGCAGAUGGAGGAGGCCUACAGCAGUCUACCAGUCAGGCUGCCUGACACCAACCCUGGCCUACACAUUCUCUACCAGGACUGGCUGGAGGGACAGGACUCAACGCACGCCAACACACUCCUACACACACAGUACACACAGCAGAGCCCCGGCCAGACACGGACACACACACAGUACACACAGCAGAGCCCCGGCCAGACACGGACACACACACAGCCCCCGCACAUACAGUGGUGAGACACACACACACACACACUCCCCUCUCGUACACACGCACACACACAGAAAAGUCCAACACACCUCAACAUCCAAAAGCCCAAUAUGAGGGGAAUCAGGACACUGACCCUUUCUCUUCUAAGGACCAUUACAAUGCUUCCCAUGGGUACCAUUGUAUAGGCAGGGAGGGCCAGAGGACCUGGAUGUUGCUUUUGUGGUCCUUUGCACCCUGCCUAAAGAAUAGUCUAUGGAAAAGACUGGACCAGUAUAUCCCAGAAAGACUUGAUUCUGGACUUACUUCAAUACGCCACAAGGUGGUGCUGUUGCUCCAUCUGUUUCACUGCUGUGGAGGCUGGUCCACUGUGCUCUCACACCAUGGAGGAGGAAAUGAAGAUAUGGGGAAAGGACGCCAGUGCCAAAUACGUGGGCUAGAUUCCAGAGGGAAUCAAUCAUGUGACGGACCACAACAUUUAAUCCAGAGGGACACAUAUGCAGGAUGGACAACAUUUCAUCUGCCAGCCAAAGGAGCAGUAACCCUGGGAGGAAUAAUAUUCGAUCCAAGGGGAUGAAGCUGGAAAACUAUCACACAAAUGUGUCCUGUUAACAUGUACUGAAUGUUAAGCCUGUAAGAAGAUCUAGAUGCCUUAGUAGUAUUGCAUUUCAGAGUGGCUAAAAUAUCCAAAAUGUUCAACAUAAAACCAGGUGUACUUGUUUCAACUGUGAAAUGUACAUGUUGUUUUGUCUCCUGUGAUUCCAAAAUGAUCAAUCAAUCAAUUGAUUGAAAAUGCUAGAUCUUCUCACUGAUAGUGCUGUUGUGACUGCCAUUUGCAUUGCGUGUGUUCCUCCAUGUAAUAAUCACUGCAAUAAAUUUGGCAAGCAGCUGUGGGAUAGGGAUGGAGAAAUAUAACCACUCAAAUUCAUAGACAAAGCUAUUUUGACUUUUUCCAUUUAUUUGUAUUUUUUUUAACCUUUUUAUACAGGUUUUUUUUCUCAUUGAGAGAACAUCUCUUUUUCAAGAGAGACCUAGAGAGAGACUUACCAUUUAUGAUUUAAAAAUUAUAGUUUUAACCAUAACAAAUAAAUGUUAUUUGCCAAAUACUUUGUAAACAACAGGUGUAGACAAACAGUGAAAUGCUUACUUUUGUGUCCUUUUCCAACAAUGCAGAGUUAAAGAUAUAAAACAGAAUUAGUGACACGAGGAAUGAAUACACAGUGAAUAACAAAUGUUUUGUUCAUAUUUACAUUGUUUACAAACAAAUGGAUGAAACAAGCUCAUAUUUAGGGUUCUGAGGGGGUACGACAGUUGAUCUAAGCAUCAGGCAUUUAUAAGUUAUAUUUUUCAAUAGUUAUUGGGUAUACAUCAAUCAUUUACAAGUCCAAAAUUGAAUGGACCAAUCGCAGAUUGGACCUUUUAAGGUUAUUGUUUUAUUUGACCAUGUAGUGUCUGUGUCAUACUGAUGAGCAUUAAAACAACUCAAACCUGGAAA